GCGGCGGUAUGAAAAAUGGCCAUCGUCAGAUUCGGUGAAUUAUCGGUGCCUUUUUUAUUAAACUGUCUUUUUUAUUAACGAAGCAACAGGUAAACAAUGCGAGCUUCAGCAGCACUAGCCUGCUAGCUGGAACUGGAGCUAACAGGCGGUAGUUUAGCUUGUUAACUAGCCGUUUGAGUGGCUCCGUGUCCCGGGCUAAAGCAGAUGGGCUCCUCGGUGUAUUUGGGUAAAAGGCGGAAGACUGCGCAUCAACACACCAAACCAGAGAUGCUACAGAGCUACAGCCGCUAGCAAGCUACACGUUUGUUGUAAGAUGCGGGUUAACGGCUGUCGUUUCAACAGGAAUUGAAGAUAAAGGAAAAACGUUUCGACUGUCAUCAUCCUACUUUAUGGAGCCACAGCAGGCGGCCUCGAACUGAUUUUUACCGCGUGGCCCCCCACAGUGCUCUCCCAUCGGCAGGAUGUCGAGCAGGAGGAAAUCCACCACCCCCUGCAUGGUGCCCCCUCGAGAAGCCGUUGACUCAGACCAGGACAUGGAGGAUGUCCCAGAAGCAGCUGACGCAGAGUACAGUAACGGCGUUCCCCCCCUCUCCUCGGAGCCCCCCGCUCUGCAGGAGGAGUGGGCAGAGGACGCAGCCUCGGACCACUACCAGGACCUGAACAUGGCGGAAGGGGGCUACGAGUGCAAAUACUGCAGCUUUCAGACGUCGGAGCUCAACCUGUUCACCAUGCACGUGGACACGGAGCAUCCCGAUGUCAUCAUCAACACCUCGUACGUCUGCAUGGAGUGUGACUACCACACCAAAAGUUACGACACCCUGCUGGCCCACAACGCUCGCCUCCACCCGGGCGAGGAAAACUUCACCAGGACGAUGGUGAAGCGAAACAACGAGACGGUGAUCCAGCAGACGGUCAACGACCUCACCUUCGACGGCAGCUUCGUGAAGGUGGAGGAUGGCGAGGCGGAGGAGACUUCCCGCAGCAGCAUCGCCCUCAGCAAGACGCCCAUCAUGAGGAUCAGGAGCCGGCCGGAGCCCAAGAAGUUCAGCGCCGCACACAAAGCGGCCUACGAGGACGUCAUCAAGGUGGAGAGCGACGACGAGGACGACGAGAACAAGGAGCCCCCCACACUUUCCCCCGCCCCCAUGACCAUCGCCCCGCGCCUCUUCCCCGUCUCCACGCCGGUGCAGGUCCACACCGUCCCACAAAACAUCUUGGUCAACAGCUCCAACGUGCUGCAGAUCAAAGGAGGCUCGGGGGGCGUGCUUCCGCCCGGGACGCUGGCCCAGGUUCUGUCGGCCCUGCAGAACCAGCAGAACUGCAGCCAGACCCAGACCCAGCUGCUCAUCCCCAUCAGCAGCAUCCCCACCUACAACUCCGCCAUGGACAACAACGUCCUGCUGGUCAGCGCCUACAACAGGUUUCCAUAUCCCUCGGUGUCGGAGAUCAUGGGCUUGUCUUCACAGACCAAGUUCAGUGAGGAGCAGAUCAAGGUGUGGUUCUCUGCUCAGAGGCUGAAGCACGGAGUCAGCUGGACUCCGGAGGAGGUGGAGGAGGCGAGGAGGAAGAAGUUUAACGGCACGGUGCAGAGCGUUCCUCAGACCAUCACCGUCAUCCCGGCCAACCUGGCUGCAGCCACCAACGGCCUGCAGUCCAUCUUCCAGACCUGCCAGAUCGUGGGCCAGACGGGCCUCGUGCUCACUCAGGUGUCCAGUAACGGCAGCACCUUGCCGGUCACAUCUCCCAUCACCCUGACCGUCGCAGGCGUCCCCGGCAACCAGCCCAAAGCAGCCGAACCGUCCACGUCGGAAUCAAAGACUGAGAUGGCGGCAGGCGGGGCGUACUGUUCAGACGCAUCGACCGCCAAACCCAAGAAGUCCAAGGAGCAGCUGGCGGAGCUGAAGGCCAGCUACGGCCGGAGGCAGUUUGCCACUGAGGCAGAGAUAUCCCGACUCAUGGCGGUCACCAAACUGUCCAAACGAGCCAUAAAGAAGUGGUUCAGCGACACACGCUACAACCAGAGGAACUCCAAGGAUCACCAAGGCGUCCUGCCUACUGAAGCCCCGCCCACCAGAGCGCCAGCGCCAGGAGGACGAACAGGAAGGAACAACAGCGGGAGCCAAAACGACAGCAACGCCAGCGACCACAACCCAACCAUCGUCAUCGACUCCAGCGACGACGCCAGCGACUGCUCGCCGACUUCAGCCACCACCCUGUCGGGGUCCACCAGAGACCCGCGGGUCAAGUUCCGCCACGCCUUCCCCGAUUUCACGCCACAGAAGUUUAAGGAAAGGACUCCGGAGCAGCUGCAAGUCCUGGAGGCCAGCUUCCAGAAAUCAGACACGCCCUCGGACGAGGAGCUGAGCCGGCUGCGAGCAGAGACGAAGCUGACGCGGCGCGAGGUGGACGCUUGGUUCACGGAGAGACGAAAAAUGCCUUCGAAAGAGGACGAGGACGAGGAGGACAGCGAGAAAGCCGCUGCUCCUUCGUCCUCGGCUCAUGAGCGGCAGACCACGCCCCCCGCCGCAAGGAAGACCAUGAAGAAGACGCCAGAGCAGCUCCACAUCCUGAAGAAGGCCUUCGUCCGCACACAGUGGCCCAUCCCCGAGGAGUACGACCAGAUGGCGGAGGACAGCGGCCUGCCCAGGACCUACAUCGUCAACUGGUUCGGAGACACGCGCUACGCCUGCAAGAACAGCAACCUGAAGUGGUACUACCUCUACCAGAGCGGGAAGGUAAAGGCUCAGAAUGAUGGAGUGGAUGCUUUCUGUGUACAGAGUUAA